GAAGUAAGCGAAGAUGCAUGAUAGCAGCACGUGGAGUUGAGAUUCCGCCAGUUAGUUUUCCGAUUAAACAAUCCAACAAUGAAACCAUCGGAGCUUCAUUCUCUCCCUCACACACACUCCACACAACAAAAACACACACACCACAAGCUGUUGCUAGCUGUCAUAAUCCUUUAUUCCAUGUGAUCCACCCCCCUAUUUACAUUCACUCCAACGUCAUUCAUCCAUCCAUCUUCCAUUAUUACAAGUGUUUUUUUAAGGGGCGGAACCUAGGCAAACUUUUUCGGUUGUUGGAAUAAGAUUUGCAUGGCGCAAUUGCCGCCAAAAUCGCCAACAAUGGGCCAGGAUUCUGGCCCACUGUUCAACUGGAUGGACGAGUUUGUAGAUUUCUCGUCCGCCAGGAGGAACGCUCACAGAAGAUCCACCAGCGAUCCAAUUGCCUUUGUUGAAGCUCCAUUUGCUAGUGAUGAUGCCAACGACAAUGAUGAGUUUGGACGUUUGGAUGAUGAACAGCUUAGCUCUAUGUUUUGCAACGAGUUCAACGCGAAUCUCCAGUCCCUAAAGACGUCGUCUACCGCUUGUGACCAAAAUAGCGACGAAGAAGAACCGAAACAACGGUCGCUGCAGCUGAAGAGUGAGCCCGGAGAUAUGGAUGAUGGUGUUGGUUAUGAACAUGAUUCGGAAUCCGGUAACCCGCGUGCUAUGGUUUCCGGACACGGGGGCACCGUUGUUGAUCCGAAAAGAGUUAAAAGGAUAUUAGCUAAUCGUCAAUCUGCCCAACGAUCAAGAAUCAGGAAACUGCAUUACAUUUCUGAACUUGAACGAAGCGUCACAACUUUGCAGACGGAAGUGUCCACAUUGUCGCCACGGGUAGCAUUUCUGGACCAUCAACGGCUGAUUCUAAACGUCGAUAACAGCUCGUUGAAGCAACGAAUCGCGGCUUUGAUUCAGGACAAGAUCUUCAAAGACGCUCAUCAAGAAGCAUUAAAGAAAGAGAUAGAGAGAUUAAGAAGAGUUUAUCAUGAACAAAACAUGAACAAGGCCGAUAAAUUCGGCGGGACCACCACCACUGGUUCACCGAUACCAAUGACAUCUCCGGCGCCGCCAGCCGCAGGAUCCGAUAAUUGUACGGAUGAUUAACAUUGGAUCUGGGAAAUAGAAGGAUGACAAAUGGGAGUGUGGGGUGGGGUGGGGUGGGGAGGGGUGCUGCUAAACUGCGCCCAUGCAGGCCACGUGAUGUGUUUUAAGGCUUUUGAGUGGUGGGGUGAGUGGUCCCAUAAUUGGCAUGUGACUUUUAUUAUUGCCCGGGAAAGUGUAAUUGUGUAUUUUUAAUUGUUUUAUUACCUUUUUGUUUUUUUAUUUUUUUAUUUGUAUUUUUAAGGGGUUUUCAUACUAACCAGAUGUUUUUGACGUCACGCGUUAAGCGGCGAUUCAGGUUAGCUUUAUAAAGUUACGAUUGCAAGCA